GACGUAUGGGCUCUUCGGAAUAUCUGUUUAUCCGAGUACAGCUGGGCAGUCGCCAUUCCCCAUUGGAGAUUACCAACAUUACGGCGAAUUCGUGCCUGUCCCCAUCCAUGGUUCUUUCUUAUUUGGCCCCUUCCAUGGUAGUAUUCCUUACCAUAUCCACUUCUAUCACUGGAAGAGAUUGAUAAACAUCCUAAUUUUCACAACAAACAUCAGUCUGGAAUUUGAAAACUUCCCAACAUCCCUAUCUACCGCAUCCGUGAUACGCCGCUCCGCUCGCUAUUUUGACUUGUUGAGGAUCUCUGUGCAUCAGAGUUCAUUAUGAUGGGCUAUGAGUGUGAAUACUUUUUUUCCCAUCGCGAGCCUCACUGGUCAUUGGCUUGCAUUCCAGAUCCUCAGGACGAAGAUAGCAUCCGUUAUGCUAUCCUUGCUAGCAUGGUGGAAGCACUGGUUGAUGCAUUCAAUUGGAGACUAGAACAUGGAAUUCGCCGGGAUAACACAAUGGACAAAUCUGAGCAGCGGAGAUUCAAUUUCUCAAGAGAAGAUGCCCCAUCCUGGACUUCAAAGAUUGGCCCUGUCGCAAAGCCCCUGACUUUUCAUGAGGCUGGCUCCACUGACAUGACACUUGAGCGACAUUUCUUCAUCAAAAGAAACAUCAGAGUGCCGAAUGGAUACUUGUACACAGUAUAGCACUUGAAGAUUUAUACAGUGAACGGACAUGUCCGCCUUUUGUACCAUGGUCACCAGCCAAGAGUCGCGAAGCUCGAUCUACUUGGACGUCAGCGACAAAGAUAUUUCGUUUUCUAUAAGCUGGGAUGUGACUGAAUGGAUAGACGAUUGAUGAUCCUGCAAGGCACAGCGCUCCUAGAGGGAGUAUUUUAGUCGCAAUUCUUAACAAGGACAGCCAGAUGUUUUGUUUGUGUACGUACGCCUAAGGUCUUUAUCCAGUGUAAUCCGCGUGGCAAGAAUAGAUAGGCGAUUAGGCAGGAAGUCGCUAUGUCCAUCUUGCAGGGCAUAUAUAUGUGCACAUGGGGUAACUCCGCGGCUGGUGUCUGAAAUCAAGCCAUCUUUAUGUCUCAUUGGGUAUUAAUGAUUAGAUGACAGAUGAUAGGAAGGGGAAGGAAUUAAGUUCCAAUUUAAUACAACAAUGAGUACAAUACAGGCAGACUACGGCUUAAGGCAGGUUCUCUAUUUAGUGACCUGUGUAGCAGUUCUCAUGCACAAAACCGAUCAUUUUGGGUUCCUAAAUUCACAUCACACAUCUUGCAAUGCAUCGGCUUAAAAUUGUCAAGAUGCCAUCUCCCGAGAUGCAUAAGAAUGAAAUACCCCAUUAUUAAGGCGAAUAAAACAAAACUUGGGACUGUGCUCAAGCAGUUGCAGCAUACAGUAGGUUCAAUGACUACUACAACUCUUGAUUUUGUAUCAAGAUCCAGCCCAGAGUGGUCAACAUUCGGAACAAUGUGGCCUUCUUCUACUCCACAAUAGGCCGUAACAGCGUUGGGAUAGCAGUGAUUCGACGCUGUAAUUCUGCCUCCGGAGUGCUUGGUGGGAGCAGGCCUCAGUGUCGACCAGAGGCUGCUCCUCUUGAUACCGCUUAGGGCCUGUUCAGUGACCCCGUCCAGAGUUGUAUCAGUUCAUACAGUGCCAGCCUGUACAGUUCUGAACAGCUCUGAAUGAACUUGUAUACACUAAUCUGAUCAGAUAAGACCUGCUGUUUAACAGGUUCUGUAUAUAACUACAAGUACA